AUGGCUACCCCUAGUGUCCUCGCUUUUGACGCUGAGGGUCGAGCCAUUGACUUUGACGUCUGGAUAGAUGACCUGCAGCUUUUCUUACAGUGCUAUAGGGCAGACGGUCUCUCUCUCUUUGACCUCACCUCAGGUGCCUCUCUUGCCCCUGCUGCUGAUGCUAACGCCACUGUUCGCUCACAGUGGGCCACACGCGAUGCUGCUGCACGUCUUGCUGUGCGUCGCCACCUGCCUACCACUGAGUGUGCGCACUUUAGCCAGUACAAGAGUGCUCAGACCUUGUACGCCGCUGUAGUUGCACCCUACUCCUCCCCUGCCACUGCUGCACUGGGCCACCUCAUGCUACCGUACCUCUUUCCUGACCUUGCUGCCUUUCCCACAGUCGCUGACCUCAUUACGCACCUCCGCACUAGUGACACUCGCUACCGCGCUGCGCUUCCUGCUGAGUUCUGCGCCAAGAACCCCCCCCCAUUUUGCCCCACCACUCUCACCGUUGACCUCCUCGAGAAGGCCCUCCUAGCAGCAGAGAAGAGCAUAGUCGCUGUAGGAGCCUCUCGUGGUGACCCUCGCACCCCCAUCUUUGAGGGGUGUUCCCCCUCCCCCCUUUUGCCCUCUGUUGCCUCUGCUGCUGCGGCCGACCUCGUUGGUCUUGAGUCGGUCGGUGCGGCGUCUACCCCUAGCGGGAGACGCCGCCCUGGCAAGGGCAAGGGGGGCAGGGGCGCUGGAGGAGCUAGCGGGGGCGGUGGAGGCGGCGGUGGAGGCGGCGGAGGGAGUGGGGGUGGCGGUGGGGGUGGUGGUGGGAGUGGAGGUGUCGGUGGCGGGAGUGGAGGCGGAGGAGGCGGCGGCGGUGGUGGUGGGAGCAGAGGUGGCGGAGGUGGCGGCGGCGGAGGAGGUGGAGCUGGUCGGGGUGGCGCUACGCAGAGGGUCGGCUCCGGUGGUGGUCAGCGCCAGCAACAGCAGCAGCAACAGCGCACUCGUGACAUCCCCCCCCCUCAGCAGCUCCGUGAGUGGUACGCUGCACGCCAGCGGGGUGGGGGUACUGGUCCGUGCACCUACGUCCUCCGCACCGGCGACCGCACGGCUAUCUUUGAUCUUGACUUUGAUGCUGUUCUUGUUGCCAUGUAUGCUGUGACUAUUAGUGAUGAGGGUGACUGUUACCGGUGUUUCCCGCCCGGCCCGGGCAUUGGGACUGCUGCUCUAGGUACUGGUGAGGCUGCUGCUCUAGGUGCUAGCGAGGCUGCUGCUCUAGGUGCUAGUGCGUCUGCUUCCUCAGGUACUGGUGAGUCCGCGCUCUCAGGUACCGAGUCCGCUUUGGCCUCCCUCACCUUCACCCUUGACUCGGGGGCGUCUCGCUCCUUCUUUCGAGACCGCACCACACUCAUGCCGCUUGGUCGGCCAGUUGCGGUCUCUCUAGCGGACCCCUCUGGGGGUCCUGUCCUUGCUCACUUCUCCACUGUCCUCCCGUGUCCGGCGGCUCCCUCUGGCACCCUGUCUGGUCUUUACCUUCCCUCGUUCUCUACGAACUUGGUGAGUGGCGCUGACCUUCAGGAUGGGGGAGUUCACGAGUUCACUCCUGCGAGCCAGCGAGUGACCCACUGCACGGACGCUCGGACGGGCCGACACUUGGCCACGUUUACUCGUCGGCCGGGGUCGAACCUGUACACACUGUCUACUACGUCUCCAUCUGUCCCUGCGUCCGGUCAGGUAGCUACGUCGGGUCAGGUGUUUGCUGCAGCGUCCGGGUCUCGUCCUGAGUCUGCCGCCUGCUCGUGUCGCCUCCUGUCUCACGAGACUCUCCUUUGGCACCACCGCCUUGGUCACCCCUCCCUGCUUCGUCUCCGAGGCAUGGCCUCCCGUGUCAUUGUCUCUGGUCUUCCCCGGUCCCUCCCUCCCCUUCCUCUGGGGCCUGGCCCUACCUGCGUCCCCUGUGUCGAGGGGCGGCAGCGGGCUGCCCCUCACACCUCCCAGUUUCCUCCGACGGAGGCCCCGCUGCAGACGCUUCACAUGGACGUGUGGGGCCCGGCCCGCGUUCCUGGGCAGGGUCACGAGCGCUACUUCCUGUUGGUGGUUGAAGACUACUCGCGUUACACCACAGUCUUCCCCUUGCGCAGCAAGGGUGAUGUCACUGAGGUGUUGAUCGACUGGAUCCGCGCAGCUCGUCUCCAGCUCAGGCAGAGCUUCGGCUCGGACUUUCCUGUUCUGCGUCUGCACUCUGACAGAGGCGGAGAGUUCUCAUCUGGCCUUCUGCGAGCCUACUGUCGUGCGCGAGGCAUCCGCCAGACCUUUACGCUUCCGGAAUCUCCACAGCAAAAUGGGAUUGCUGAGCGCCGCAUUGGCAUAGUCAUGGACGCCGCUCCCUUGCUGUGGACGGGGAAGGUUGGCGAUGCGUUUGCGUUCCGUGUCUGGGGAUCUCGGGCGUUUGUCCGCGACUUGUCUGCGGACAAGUUGUCCCCUCGUGCUGCUCCUUGCGUCUUCCUAGGUUUCCCCCCUGACGCGCCAGGGUGGCAGUUCUACCACCCCACCUCUCGCCGUGUUCUAUCCUCCCAGGACGUCACGUUUGACGAGUCAGUCCCCUACUACCCCUUCUUCCCCUACCGCACUCCGUCCCUCCCCCUGCCGCCGCUCUUCCUUGUACCAGGUCCCCCUCCGGUAGACCCCCUCCCCCCUCAGGGUCCGUCCCCUUCAGAUGUGUCCCAGGUAGACGCAGUCGAGCCUGUCGAGGUCACUGGUGACUCUGGUGCUGAGCCUGGGGGUGCUGACUCUAGAGGUGCUGUGCGUGUGCGUGCUACACCUGGGGGUACUGAGACUGGGGGUGCUGAGCCUGGGGGUACUGAGACUGGGGGUGCUGAGACUGGGGGUACUAGGCCUGGGGGUGCUGAGCCGGGGGGUACUACGCCUGGGGGUGCUAAGCCUGGGGGUGCUACGAUAGGAGGUACUGAGCUUGAGGGAGCUGGGCCUGUUUGUGAGGCGUCCGGCGGUGCUGGGCCUCGAGGUUCUCUGGGUGCUUCAUCUCGGCGGGAGCCCCUCUCUCCACAGGAGCUGCGCGAGUGGUUUGGCCGACGCUGGAGGCGUACUACUGGAGCUAGGGUUUCUUCGGCUGCUGAGGGUGCUAGUGCUGCCGGUCCUGGAGGUGCUCGUACGGAAGGUACUGGAGCUGCUGGGCCGGCGGGUGCGUCUGGAGCUGGAGCUGCUGCGGGUGUUGGCGCUGAGGCUACUGCUGUCCGUCCUGGUGGCGGUGCUGCUGGAGUUACUGGAGCUGGAAGUGCUGUUGGCGCUGGUGCUGCCGCUGGGGGUGCUGGUGCUGUCCCUGCUUUCCGGUUACAGCCGGCCUCCCCGCUGCCUCCUCCUUCUCCCUACACUGGUCCUACUGGAGGUCUUGCUAAGCGUCGUGAGCCUGCAUCUCGCCCUGCGUCGCCUGUCCGUGCUGCUCGCACGAGUGGUCGCAGUUCGCGUCAGCGUCCUCCUCCUGUCCCUGGCACGCACCGGAUGUCUCUGCGUCCGUCCACUGCUCCUCUGCGUGUCCCUUUGCCUUCUCCUCCUGAGUCUUCUCUUCCUGCUCUUGCCGACCCAGAGUCGGACUCUCUUCGUGCUGCCAGUCCUACUGUCACGCGUCUCCUUGCUACUGUCGUCACUGACCCUUCUUUUGAGUCCACUACUGCGUCUGCCCUAGUUGCUGAGCUCGUCGACUUUGCUGCUCGCUGUCGUCUAGACUACAAUGCUAGUCUUGUCGCUGAGUCUGAGUCUGUCUGUCCUCCGUCCGUCGGGGGUGAGUGUGCCCUUGGCACGGACGUCCUUGAGGACAGGCAGGAGGAGUUCCAGUGUCUGGCUGCUGCUUCACCUCAUCUGGUGUGCGUACUGCUUACCCCUAAGGGAGACCCGGAUGCACUUGACAUCCCGACUCCGCACUCUUACGCGGAGGCGAUAGAGGGUCCCUACUUCUCUCAGUGUCAGCGGCAGGGAGUUGACUACUUUCAGACCUUCUCUCCCACCCCGAAGAUGACCACUCUUCGGGUGCUGCUGCACAUAGCCGCUCAGCGCGACUACGAGCUUCACUCUCUUGACUUCAGCACUACUUUCUUGCAGGGUAGCCUGCACGAGGAGAUCUCGCUGCGCCGCCCACUUGGCUUCACAGGGACUUUUCCUCGUGGCACCCAGUGGAGCCUCCGGCGGCCAAUCUACGGUCUUCGCCAGACACCGCGCGAUUGGCACGACACACUGAGGACUACGCUUGCGGCUCUUGGGUUUGCUCCCUCUACUGCUGACCCGUCGCUGUUUCUGCGCACCGACACUUCUUUGCCGCCGUUCUACAUCCUCGUGUACGUCGCCGACUUGGUCUUUGCCACAGCUGACACUGCUGGACUCGCCCACGUGAAGUCCGAGCUGCAAGAGAGACACACGUGCACAGACCUGGGUGAACUGCGCAGCUACCUUGGCUUGCAGAUCACCCGGGACAUAGCACAGCGCACCAUUACCCUGACUCAAUCACACAUGGUGCAGCAGGUCCUUCAGCGCUUCGGCUUCACGUACUCCUCGCCUCAGGCCACUCCUCUGCCUACUCGUCACUCGCUCUCAGCUCUACCUUCGGAUGAGUCCGUAGAGUCGAGUGGCCCGUACCCAGAGCUUGUUGGCUGCCUCAUGUACCUGAUGACCUGCACUCGACCUGACCUUGCAUACCCUCUAAGCAUUCUCGCACGUUAUGUUGCUCCUGGGAGACACAGAUCGGAGCAUAUGGCUGCAGGGAAGAGGGUGUUGCGCUACUUGUGCAGUACGUCGGGCAUGGGGCUUGUGCUUGGAGGGCGGAGUCCAGUGGUCCUCACUGGGCACGCAGACGCUUCUUGGGCGGACGACCAGGCUACGCAGCGGUCGUCACAGGGUUACACCUUCAGCCUUGGUUCCGGCUCUGUUUUGUGGCGGGCUAUCCGCUCGUCUUCUGUUCUCGGCUCCAGUUGUGAGGGUGAGAUCUACGCCGGGGCCAUGGCUGCACAGGAGCUUCGCUGGCUCACCUACCUGCUGACUGACUUUGGAGAGGUGCCUCGUUCUCCUCCAGUGCUAUACGUAGACAACAAGGCCAUGCUGGCCUUGUGA